CGGCUCAUGCCGCGGAUCAAGCCCAGCGCAGCGAGCGAGAAAACUUCUCCGCGCAGUUGGACUCCACUCCUCUGCUUCCCAGCUCUCUGUUGUGUCCUCUUGUCCACCAUGGCGUCGGAAUCCGAAUGCGCUGCCGUUGAGCUGCCGCACGUGCACCUGCACCCCGGCGGCACUGAGCCGCUGGCCCGCAUCGCCGUCGACUACUGCCCCGAGGCCUGCCGCCACGCACCCGACGACGGCGAGAUCCAUGUCACCUACGACGACCGCGGCGGCGCGCGCUGGCGCUCCCGCUGCCGCUUCCUCCCCGGCGGCGCCGUCGCCGCCACCAUCCGCGCGCCUGCCGGGGACACCGCCGGCCUCAACUACAACCUCUACCUCUCCUCCCUCGAGGGCUCCCGCGACAUGGACGAGAUCGACUUCGAGUUCCUCGGCCACGACAAGUGCGCCGUGCAGACCAACUUCCACGUCGCCGGCGGAGGCGGGAGGGAGCAGAUCCACCGCCUCCCGUUCGACUCCUCCGACGGCUUCCACCACUACGCCAUCGCCUGGGGCGCCGAGGCGAUCGAGUGGCGCAUUGACGGCGAGCUGAUCCGGAGGGACGAGCGCGUCGCUGGCGAGCCGUGGCCGGAGAAGCCCAUGUUCCUGUACGCGUCCGUGUGGGAUGCCAGCCACAUCAACGACGGCAAGUGGACCGGCACCUACCACGGCCGCGACGCGCCGUACGUCUGCAGCUACAAGGAUAUCAGGGUUCCCCUUGCGCUCUCGUUGGAAGAAGUGGAAGAUCCGUACCAGUGUGCAACUGCCGGUGAUGCGCCUGCUGCCACCGCCGCCGCCGAUGCUGUAGAAAAGGUGGAUGCAGAUGUGCCUGCUGCCACCACCGCCGCUGAUGCUGUGGAUGCCGGAGAUGCGUCUGCUACCUCCGCCGUCGCUGAUGCUGUGGAUGCCGGGGAUGCGCCUGCUGCUGCCGCCGAUGCUGUGGAUGCAGGAGAUGCGCCUGCUGCCACCGCCGCCGCCGAUGCUGUGGAAGGGGUGGACGCCGGAGCUGGUAAAGAUUAGAUCUUUGGGCUGUACUGCUGUCGUUUGAAGGUUUGAUCGCGGCAACUGGUAACAAUAAAAUGAAAUCGUGUAUAAGUUGGUUCAAUGUAAUGUCUGGUAUCUGAAUGUUCUGCAUUUGGGUAUGAUGUUUCAGCAUCGUUGUUCAGCAUAAUUUUCUUGUUCUUCGUUCGGUGAUAUAUGUGUAUCUUUUGUACUACGUAUUAAGAUAUGAUCCAAGGCUUAUCCACGGUAUAAUUUUCAG